CCAGAAUGUUUUUCUGCAUUUUCGGCUGCUAUCAUUCCUAAAGAUGAAAUGUUGAAUGGUCUCGUCAAGCUGAAUCUGCUAGAUUUCAAGGUUAUGGGGCAUCCUAUCGGAUUGAAGCACGAAAAAUGGUACGGGCAUGGGCAGCUGAAUUUCAAUAUGUAUUUGUUGUUGCAAAAGAAUCGACCAUCGAUUGCAUAAAUGGAAUGCGGUUUUCUUCGCAUAGCUGAAAAACGUAUCCAAUUGCCUACAAUAAUGAGCAAAGUGUAUAGAGAUCUCAAUACAUGUUUUAAGUUUCAAGUUUUAUUACAUGCAGCACACUUGUAA